AUGUCUCUCCUUCUUCCCCCGGUUGCUCCCCUCUCACCCUGUUCCUUCCCUCUGUCAUUCGCCAUGCUUCUUCGCCUCGCCCCUCCCUGCGGCGCCUCUCAAGCUGCUCUGUCGCCUGCUGCCGAACGCAUAAAGAACCACUCUUUACCGCACUCACUCCCCUCCCCCUCUCACAUCGUUCGCCCUCCAGAAAAGCCAUGCCAAGCAAGAGAGCAGCCUGCCACGUCAGCAGCAGAGGCCGGAGCUACAGCCACCGCCGCCGCCGCCACAGCAGCAGAUGCCCAAUGCAGCCCCAGUCCAGACAGCAGCAGCAGGGGGAAGCAGCCUGUGCGGCCGUUUGAAGAGCUCUCCGCACCCAACUGCACUAGAAUCAGCCCGUUCGCACCCAGUCAUCCCCCCCCCCCCUCAUCCCCCCAUACCCUUCUAACGACCUCAUCCGCUCCCAUCCCCUCGCUGUGCUCCCACCCGGCAUUAGAAGCAGCACGGUCGCAUCCAGUCACUCCCCCACCCCCUCAUCCCCCCAUACCAUCCAACGCCCUCAUCCCCUCCCCUCUCAUCCCCUCGCUGUGCUCCCCCCAGGCACUGGAAGCAGCGCGGUCGCAUCCAGCUUUUGCCAAGUUCCUUCAACAGGCAAUCCUCUCAACCCCUCUCAACCCCUCUCGCCCCGCCUCCGUUCCUCUCCCUCCCUUUUCGCCCCUCUCGGCCUUCCUGCCUCCUUUUUUCCCUCUCAUUGCACCUCAUGUCCAAAAGCAGUUGCCACUAGCGGACUGA